AUGGAUUCUGGGUUUGCACAGCAUUUUAUUGAGUGCACGACCUGUGACUCAAAUGCUCAGUUUCACUGUAACACCUGUCAGUUUAACCUCUGUCAAGACUGUAGAGACCGGCACCAGCAAAGAAAAGAAACCAGCAAUCACGAUGUAGUCCCAUACAUUCAGAGGAAGGAAAGAGCUGCAUGUGAGCGCUGUAAAUUUCAUCCAGACAAAAUAUAUGAAGCCUGCUGUAAGCCUUGUGAGAUGCCCGUAUGUAUGAAGUGCGUGCAAGAAGUUCAUAAUGGCCACAAACUGACUAAUAUUGAAGGUGUAUUCAAAGCCAAAAUGAACGAAUUGAUGUUUCUUGUUCGUCAUUUAAGAGAUGAAAGCCUCACAGAAAGUACAACAUUAGCAACACAAAUCGAACAAAAUAAAAAGAAAUGUAAACGUGAGAUAGCUAAAAUACGAUCUGAUUUGCGAUCCACAGCACAAGAAAUCAAAAAUCUCGUUGAUGUCAUAUUACAAGAGAAAAAUCAAAAUUUGACCGACAUUGAAGCAUCCCUUAUGUUAGAGCUACAAAGUCAAGAGAAGAAAAUGCAGAAUUUCAUUUCUGAAAUAAAGAUAUUUCUGAAGGAACACGAGGCCAAAGGUCCAAUCUCUUCUUCGGUCGAAUUCAUCUUAACACACAAUGAAAGAGUUGAUGCCAUAAAAAGAAUGACCGAUGUUCCAGAAUUGCCAGAAGUAUCACCUCCAAGACAUCAGCAGAAAACUUUGGAACGGAAUGACGUCGAAAAGUUAUUUGGGAAUAUAACUGAGCAAAGCCUAAAGUUUAAUAUUAAAAGACACACAGGUUCUGCCAGCAAGUCACAUGCCACAUCUCCUCGUGGUGACCCUGGAAAUGCCUUAUUAGCUAAGUGGCAGUGGCAAAAGGCGAGUGUCCGGCGCCUUGAAAUAACUGGAACCCGUGGCUAA